AUGGAAAGGCACGGACGGGCUGGGGAGGCAUCCGAACCUGAAUCCCACCCCAUGAGGGAAGGCCGGGACAGGUCGAAGUCGACGUCUUCUAAGAACAUCCCAGGAAACGAAAUCGCCGCAGUCGACUUGUCACAGACCGAAGAAGUACCCAACAGCGGCAUACUGCGGGUGGGUAGAGGUGACACCUGCACAAUGUACCGAGUUGGACAACAGAUUGGUUUGGGGACCUUCAGUGCUGUUUACGAAGGUGUCAGACUCUUGGAUCACAAGCAAGUGGCCAUCAAAUUCGUUAGUGAAGCUCUGCCGCGCACCCCGCUGACCAGAGAAAUGCAGCUCAUAUGGCUACAGGAAGCGGGCAAUUCUUCUUACUCUCAUCUUCAGGCGGAAUACCGGACCUACAGAAGCCUCAAAGGAUGGAAUAGAAUCCCCGAUGUAGUCUUUUUCGGGGACCACGGCCGCAGUAGAAUUCUGCUGACUCCCCACCAGAUCACGAUACUGGAAGAAUUACACGAUAAGGACUUCAUUCAUCGUGACAUCAAAGCAGAGAACUUUGUGAUCCAGGGCGGGACAGAGCGGCCUAAUGGCGCACGAGCAAUCGACUUUGCUACGGCGAAAAAGUACCGAAGCGGCAACCCUCCAACGCACAUUACGUACCGCGAGGGACGGCAAUUUACUGGAACGGCACGGUACGCCAGCAUCAACACGCAUAGGGGAUGCGAACAGUCAAGGCGAGAUGACCUCGAGGCUCUUUGGUAUAUGCUACUCUACUUCAUCAGAGGAAAGUUACCGUGGCAAAAGUUCACGACAACUUCCCUAUCAGAGAAGCAUGGGAAACUUCGAGAAGCCAAGCAGACGACAACAAUCGAGGAGUUGUGCGAGGGACGCUCUGGGCUUUGUGCGGGCCUCCGACACAUUCGCCGCCUAGGCUUUGAAGAGGAUCCUGACUACAAGUACCUCCGAGACCAGCUCGUACAGGCUUUGAAUGGCGGCAUUGGAGAUAUUGAAAACCGUCAAUACGACUGGGACAAGCUACCUUCGCCGGUAAGGCUAGCCGCACGAUCACCAGCUCUUCCACUGCCACCCCAGACCACAAAGGUAACAGACCCGUCCACAAGUUUCCACGAAAAGUAUCCUACAGACAAGCGAAAGACCCUCGAAGUUAUCGUCAGGGCAACUGGAACCUGGCUAGGCCAUCCCUUGUUCACGGCGAAGAGCAAACAACCGAAUGAAGAUCUCAUCAUGUACGACGCAGAAGCCCAGGCAGUUCUCGGAGAAAUCGGCAAGCUUGCGAAAGACUGCAUUUGGAGACUUCAGCAACCUCGCAGGGAUUUGGUCAGAAUGAGGGCGCGACUGAGAAGUGAUGUUGCGCACAUCGUUGGCAUCCCAGCCGUCGACCCAGUCGAGGAGGCUGUAAAGUCCUUGUUAGGUCUUUCAGAUCAAGCGUCAUGGGACUUUCUAGUCAAAGGAGGCAGUGAGAAGACGUUAGAAUUGAGGGAGGCCUUUCAGAAGGUGAAAAGCUUGGCAAAGCGCGAGCUGGAGGGCUUGUCCUCUCCCGAAAUUCGAGAGGGAGACCAGCCGAUCACGCCAGAGGACAACCGCGGGCUGGAAACGUGGUUUACCACUUCUCAUUGCUAA